AUGAACGAGAACGAAGAUUUCAACGACGAAUGUUUAAGAGAGCAUAAUCGAGUCAGAAGAAACCACAAUGUUAAGCCUUUACGCCACAGUCACGCACUUGAUCGAACAGCUCAGGAAUGGGCAGAUAAUUUACUGAAAAAAGACGUUGUAACAAAUAGCCCUUUGUCCAGCCGCGGCGAACUUGGCGAAAGUAUCAGUAAAAGGACAAGUACAAACAAUUCAGUCGAUAUUUCGGGUAAAAUAUUUUCCAAAUAACCGACUUAACUCUUUGCAGGAGCGGAGGUCGUUGCUCAGUGGUAUAACGACAUACAAAGUUACAAUUUUGAGACUGGGGCCGGUGCUGCAGGUUAAUAAGUCUUAUUUGUAAAUUCAAGAGACUACUGUUCUGUUCUUUUAUAGUGGUUUGUCAUGGCUAAAAUAUUUGCUCAUUUUAAUUAGACCGCGUUUACAAAGUAAGCUGUAGAUUAAUUGACAUACACUCGGUUAUUUGAUGACGGUCAUCACACGGUCAUAUCCCGAGCAAAGACUGUAAUGCGUAUAGUUAGGCUGAUUCAAAUUAUUGAUCUUAAAGUUAUGACUGAAAGAACACUUUAAUUAGGCAGGAUUGGUGGCAUGCCCCUUCAGAAUAUUAUGAUUUUCACUGUAGUCAAUCCGGAAGCCACAUGUAGAAUGUGUGUCAAAAGGGACGCAGAUUGUGUUUUGCGAAGAUGAUUAGAUGCGCCUUACUUUUAUAAGAAAAAGGACAAAAUUAGGAUUAAUCGUUAAACCAAGGUUUUCCGUAUCACUUGCAAAGAAAAAGCGUUUCUAUGGGUGCUUUAUUUCCUUGAUAAUUUAAGUAGUCACCAGGAUCUUCUCUGGUUGCUAAGUGCAACGUUAACCAGUUGGUCGCUGUCUGAUUUCGAGGAUUUGCAGAGUCCCUUGCAGUGAGCCUUCGCUUCAAAAAUCAUUAGACAGAUUUCUGCCUUAUUUUUGAUACCUAGAUAAAUAAGAUGGUUUUUGAAAAGGCAAAAAAACGCUCGCAUGCUUACAUUUCCCAAGACGGUUGAAGAGCUCUGUGACAGUCGUAUUCGGCAUGAGCAUGAGCGGCAAUAAAUAUUUGCUACAAACUUCGCACAUCUUACAACCGCGUUCGCAGCAGUCCUAAUACAUUUUACAUGUGUAAAAUCGGUUUCAAAUGUGUUUAUGUUGAAAAAGUGUAUUUUCUUUAGGAAAUUUUACACAGAUGGUUUGGGCUCGCACUCGUGAAGUCGGUUUUGGAAAAGCAAGCGCAAGGGGACAGUGUGUUGUUGUUGCUCAUUAUCGCCCACCUGGAAAUAUUCGAGGCCGAUACCUUGAAAAUAUUUAUCCGCCCAUAAGCGCUGAAGAACUUCAACCAAAACAGUCAAAUAUGGGUGAAAAAGGUACGUCCUUGAUAUUAAGUUUAAGCAAGGGUCAUAUAAAUGCUCAUAUAUGUGACAUCAAAGGUCUCGUAUUUCACGGGUUUAUGCUGUGUUUCUUUCUAUUCUGACGCUCAUUUCGGCGCUCCCUUAAGGUUUCUCAUGCAUCUCCAAAGCCGCAGAUACGUUCGGUUUGACAAAUAAUUCCCAAAAUAUAACAAAUCCGAAAAAAUACAUAUCAAAGCGCUCAUUAAAACACUCCUUGACCACUAAUCCAAAGCAAGUUAAUUCACCAAAUAUUUUAAUAGCCAAUUGAUAAUUUUUCGUAUAUUUACCACUGGUCUUUUUAGUCGCGUUUUUGUCAGUUCGCAAAGUUCUUCGGAAUUCUGAUGAAGAGACUUGCCCUACGGGGAACAAAUUACGGAUUUAAAUUAAGGAUUUGACUUUACGCUCCCUUAGUAGUUACUUCUGAGAUUUUUUAUAAGCUGGAUAUUACCCGAUUUGUACAUUCCGGACAGAAAAGUACAGUUACUGUGUGCUAACUAUUUUUUUGUUUAGAUUCAAAGGAAGUCUGGAAAAAGACGUUUACUGAGCGUGAAGUUGAUGCAAAAGGCAAUCAUUUUGAUGUUAAAAAGGAGGUAGUUGAAACAAAAGACAAAGAAGGAAACGUAAGUGAGAACUUGGAUUUCAUCGUAUUUUAUCCCUUACCCUAUAUUAAACAAAGCGUUGCUUUUAUAAAACCGCAAAUACUCCUGUUAUGCGUUUUAACACUUGCGCAUAAUUUCGCUAGAUGUUCAAAGUCUGUAAAAUAUGGAGGACCAAUCUUCGUUGCAAACGAGUUGCUCAACUCAAUAGCGCGGCGAAUUUGUCAUGCGGGUGUAUUUUUUGCUUUCAAACGAGUGCGAUGUAUGUAUUCUACUUCAUUUUACCGUUUUAUCUACCACACAUAUCUCGAUAACUUUUUGCAAAAUUUACAGAUACAUCGACGGGUUGUCAGUAGUUACACGAAUUGUGAUCCAUUUUCAAUGAAUACUCCAGAAACCACGAAAUCAACCACUCCGAGUGAAAGAAUCGUAAGUUUUUGCAACUAUUUGCAGUGAAUGUUAUUCUAGCGACCAAAGCCAAUUUUGGAAAUAAAACGAUGGUGCUUUUAUGACGAAACGCUACUUAGCAUAGGAAAAGGUCAUUUUAAUGGUCCGAUGAAUCUUUUUUAUUUGUGAGUGACUAGUGUUUUUUCGCGGAUUUCAUAAAAAGGAUAUCGCGAAAGGUAUUCUUUUAUGGACCCUAAAAGGGACUUUUUCUCACAUGUACGACAUUUUGAUUGUCGCUUUUAGUUGUAUUCAACAGCAACGGCAGCAGCACCACCUCUGUCAUCAAUCAAACACGAGGAGUUUGUGCAAGAAAUUGUGGCAACCCAUAACUGGUAUAGAGAAAAGCACGGAUCCCCAGACCUCGUCCUGAGUUCGGUAGGUUAACAGUCUGCGUCAUCUUUCCUCAACGCUGGAGCACACAAAAGUCGUUUAACCAGCGUACUAAGUUUUUUCAUAAUAAGAGACAGAGAAAUUUUAUACUUUUGUGACAACUACACGUGUGCUCUGUAAGAGUACUGACUUCUGCAUGUGCGCAAUGUGUGUGUAUGCUAAAUGUGCGCCUCUCAUGAAGGGCGUGGUGCAAUUUACGUGUUUGCGCGGGCUAGCGCGAAUUGUUGUUGUUCCUAGUAAGUCGGAGGGUGACACUGUCGCGCCUUGGCAUACAGGGCGUCGUCGUUCAGGUCCAGCGAGUGUGAAAAUAGAACAAAUACUUCCUGGCGAUCAAACGCGCAUCUUGACUCCAAAAAUCGUAGGUGCACGUCAACUGCAACGACCUGCAGUAUUGAAAGAGUGCGCAAGUCAAGACGCAGAAGCAAAGAAACUGUCGAUUACGAAGCCACCGAGUUACAGUCUCGGAUAACUGAACAGCGGCCUAGUGAGCAGUUGCAAAGUUUGAAUUUCAGAGGGCUUCUGGAACUAUUUUACUUAAAUACUUGCACACCAAAUCAGUACUGUGCUCUGCCCUCGCUCAUCUCUACAAUACACCCCCUCUCCUUCAAAUGCCAGCGAACAAGUUUUGAACCGGUCAUCGUACGCUUCAACCUAUUGGCUCAAGACGACUAUUUGAACUGGCUGCAGAACAUCACACUUAGGUUGCCUGAACUCUAAACUUAUUAUAUCUGUAUUUCGCCUGUCUGCUGCAUAUUGCGGAAGGUAAUGGACUUACAUGUUUUAUUUACUUUUAAGUAACUGGGUCCCAGACUAUCGUUUUAUUGCCAGCGAGAGACUGUAUGGUUAACCCUAGCGUCCAGGCUCUGGCCUGACUACUGGAAAAUUUGACAGGGUGAGAUAGGAGAAGAGCGGUAACCGACCUCUAGCGUGUGUGAACACAUAUGCUGGUGGGGGCUCAGAGAAUAAGGUUUGGGACCGGUAGUAAUAGGUUGUGGCUACAUAUGUCGCAUCAGAGGGAGUAUAGACAGUUACUUGAAGGUCUGCUGCUCAGAAGAGAUUGAACCGUCUACCUCGCACGCACUGACCGUCAGGAUAGGUGCAUGCACUAAGAAAUGUCGUGGUACUUUGUUGAUAGUCAGUCUUUUCAUGACCAUAGUGCUCACUCAUGGCGCGCAACUUCGGUCGAAUACAUGACAAGUUGGGCCCGUGUCUGAUUUUAAAUAAUGAUCCUCAAAUUCCAAUUAAUGCUGACAGUACCUGGCAACUCGCACGACUAAAUGUUUAUUGGAUCCCCCAGGGUCGAAUGCAGGCCAAGUCAAAGUCUUGUGUUUUCCUACAGGAACCAGUUAGACUUUACACUUCCAGGUCCAUCUAUAGCUCAUCCUUUUGAAGAUAAGGUAAAGUGGUUUACGGAAAGGUAACAGGCAAUUUUUCAAAACAUUUUCGCUUAACUUUGGAAAAGGUUGAAGAGAAAAAGCUUACCGCAGCCGUAAGAGUAAGGGCAUUCUGCGCAAAGGUAGAUCCAACAGUUUUUAACAACCGCCAGUUUUUGGCCGUUAUAAUCAAAGCUGGCGUUCCCAUAUCAGUGAAUGUUUCCACUGAGAACGGUUAAAGGGUCGGUGGACGAAGAACGUUUCUCUCACCAGGAGAAGUGUUUCGGUGUGGACCUCAGAAAUGUAGAAACUGAACAGUCUGGAAACGGAACAGGAGGUCGCUUUUGACUUAAUUUUUGUCUUAUUCCAAAGAAGAGUUGUUUUCGGAAUAAGCAGAACCUGGGCAAGACUAGUUUUAUUUGUCUGCCUGUCAAAACCUGUCGUUUAGAGAGGUUUAAAUUACUACAGACCACACAAAACCUAUAUUUUAGACAGGAACUAAUGAUAUUUUGCACCCGUUUGAACAGUAAAACAAAAAUUCACUCACACUUAUGUAUGUAUAUGGCUAGAAAGCAUAAUGGCGGGACUUUUGCACAAUGAUCGGAAAUGCAUUUCGUCGCCACAUAUAUUGACGGAAAUUUACACAUAGAAAGUAGGUCUUUUACAUUAUAAAGACAAAUCCGUGAUGGUUUGUUUUAGCGCCUUUCUAAAAUGGCUCAAGAAUGGGCGGAUUACCUUGUGGACGAGAUCUGCCUUUCCAACAGCGGAUUUACAAUAGACGGCGUGCGUCUUGGCGAGAACAUAAGCAGUCGAUGGUCAAACGGAACAUUCGAUGAAAGCGGUAGGCGAAACAACUUUCAAAUUAAAAUUCAAGUGUUUUUGGGGAAAAGUUAAGUAAAAUCUAUUGCCCACUACAGCAAAAUGUGAAUUUAUGUCGAAGCAUAUAGCUGAACCGUCAUUCCUUAAUGGCAUAAAAACAACUGGACCUGUACAUCUGAGCUUUCUUACACGGGCAUCCAUACGAAACUGAAAGAAAGCAACUGCAGCAUUCAGGGUAAUUUCUUUGUCCUAGGUGAUUAAGGGUAAUAAACGUUAAAAAUGAUAUAAUUUAAGGUGAUGUAGAAUUAUUUAGUUAAUAUAUUCCGAAGGACAACUUCUUCCUCUUAUAGAGCGUCAAAGCAAUUUCCAAAAUCAUAAAAUGUAAAUAUGAAACAUGCUAGUGUCUCUCCAAUCGAAAUUCUACACAGUUUAUAAUUUAAUACACACCUUAAUUUUUCGGUUAAUGUUUCAAAAAGAGUUUGUCGUUUAAAAGAAACGUAGCGGGGGUAAAUGUCCCGGUCACGAAACACUGGCUUAUUUUAAAACCGGUGGCUUUUGUUUCAAUCGCAAAUAAAUGCCAGUUUACAAGAGUAAAUGUACUCACCUUAGGAAGCAAAAGGUUAACUGCUGUUUCAGAAAGGCCCUUUUGUUCUGGGGAAAAUUUGCGUUCUAAACUACUUUAAAAACCUCUCCAAGCCUUGGCCGAGGUAACAAUUAUUUUACACUUGCAAAAGACUUCAUGAUCUCUUUAAAGCGUUGCAUGGGAAUUUCAAUGAUAUGCGUUUGAAGCGUCCCAACGCACUAUUCUGCAAAUUUGAAGCGGUAUCGUGUAGUACGACGUUUCGUGGCAAAACUCUCUAAGAUUAUGCUAAUUUAUGAGCAUUUUAAAAAUUGGGCGAUGUUAUUUAAGGCUACGGAAGAAACUGCUUGGGUAAAGAUGGUCGUUUCAAAGAGGAAGACAAAGAAAAAACACGGAGCUGCAGAUAAUGGGAAGAAUUAUUUCACUGGAGCAUUCUUUGCCAAUGAUAUGGAAGAAUAAAUGAAGAUGUUUGAAAACACAGGAUGAGCUUAUUUUAGAAAAAGGCAACAAGAAGUGAUACCUUAUUGCCACUGCGUAAAAAGUAGGAAAACUUGCUUAGCGAGGAGACAUGCGACGAUAUAAACCACCUAUUUUGUACGUGCUCAGAGGUUUUAAGAAUGGUUGACCACCUCAAUACAAGCAAAACUGCCCUUCCUAGUGUGCGGUUUAGUAAGAGGAGGCGCAAUCCCUGGAACAGGGGUUGUUUUCGACCGGCAGUAUUUAGGGCACGUUGGUACUAUGGCACUGCAUACCAUUCGAAUUUGGCGGCUCGUAUUCUGGAACUUCAAGCGAAUGUAUAUCUUUUUCUAGCGAUCGCGGUCCUUCCUUGCAGUCCACGUUCUCCCUAUGAAUCGUUGCAGUCAGCCUUCUUCAGAAUAACAAUAAUUUUGUUAAAUUGCGAAGACAUUACCAACGAAGACAAGGAAGACUGGAAUGGACAUUUUUGGCUUAUUAGUUGCCGUCAGCCGGUCAAACCCAAUCCCGAGGUGUGUAACAACUGGAACUCGAUUCCGCGGCCUGGUCGUUAGGAGUCCAAGGCACCUAACCACUGGGACACGAACUCAUUGUGUUGUCGGUUGCGAUCGGGUAUAUAUAAAAUGGUAGAAGGGUGCUCACAGAUCGCGCGACGAAACUCGUCCCGUCAUGCUCCCUCUCGAGCCCGCCGGCAGCCGCUAAGCGGGCGUGAUAUAGGAAAAAUAACAUUACCGACAAAGACAAAAGGCCGCUGGCGGGGAUCGAGAGGUGACCUCAAGGCGUAACGGGACGCCUGAAUUCUGUAGCGUGAUCGGUGAGUGCUCUUCUACCAUGAUCCUAGUAAGCGCAUACGAUCACCAGCCGUGUUCGAUAACCUGUUUGAAGACCUCCCAAAAUUUCCAAUACUAUUUAAACGUUUGCUCGUAUUCAGUUUAUCUGCAAACUAUAGAUUAUACCGUGUUCGUAGUGACCCCUUAAAUUGCUUACAUAAUUUAUUCAAAUACAAAGCCAUAUUCUCUUUACUUUGUUUAUCGCGUCUAAAGCCAGCAAAGAUACUCAUUGUGGGACUUCUGAGGGACUUGUUAAGGCUUUAACCUGCUCUAGACAGUUUGCAGAGGGUCAUGUAGUGUGUAUUCAGUAUAGAUACAUUUUAACGUGCACGAACGUGUUGCUAGCGUUUUACGAUGACAGAGUGUAAAAGCAUGGCAUUGUAUUGUGUUACGCGGGUUAUAGUUUUGGGGCGUAAGCUAAAGGAUGAAUAUGCUUUUGGAAAGAUAUAUAGCCGAAAAUCUAGUUUCUUUUGAUUAAUUUAAGUUUUCGUUCGUGAUAUUUUCUGCGAUUUCAAGGUACUUUAUAUUGGUUUUAGCAAAUAUAAUCAUAAACAUUAGUCGGCAUCAAGAAUAAACUGCUAAGUGAGAUAUUGCGCAAAAGAGACGGCAUCGCUUUUUCCUUGACAGAUAUAUGUUUAGCUUCACAGACUAUGGGCAAAGACUGUUUUUUUCCUUUAAUGUAAGGCGAUAAUUUGUAAUCGAUGGUUUUGGGUCUUGUAAGAUAGCUGAAGGCGCAUUGUGAUAAUCACUACCUAUCUUUUUCUAUGAAAUGCUACUUCAUUUUGAAAAUUCGGGAAAGCGAUUUUGUUCGCCUUGAUUAUUGAUACUAAAUACUAAGUAGCACCUUUAUUCGAUUUCGCUUCUUAACCGUUUUUAUCUUUCGUUGACAACUACGAUCGUUUUUUUUGCAUGAGUGAUGCCAAAUAGAGCUAAUUUCAGAGUAUUUAAUGGACCACAAUUUCACUGGCCAAUCUUUUUACUGGUAGUUAAUAUGGUAUCGGCGAGAACGAUUACACCUGAGAUGUAGCUGAUCUGUUUUAAAUAAUGAACAAAGCAGACCAAUAAGGCAUGCGAGUGACACUCAAAUUCUGCAGAUUGUUCUCCGAAAAGGCCCAUAUAUGGCAAAUGGACGCAAAUAUUCAGAAAAACUACCUAUGGACUUUUAGUUUGCCUCAAAAGAAGACAGAAACUUCAAAUUUGUGAGAAUAUCGCAGAAACAGACUAUUUUUAUUUCCAAACUACGGAUAAAAUAACCACUCUGGUCGAAUACGAAAGGGGAACGUUGAGUGUAAGAGAGCUGUCAAUAGAUGUACAGGUUUUGGAGACAAUUUAGUAUGCGAGACCCAUAAAUCUCGUUCGGAUAGAGAAGCAUAUGCGGGCUUGUUAAGAUACAUGAUCAUCUUUUAUAACUCCAGUACAAGAAUUCUGCUAUUGCUGUUUGCGUGAUUUCCUGACGAAUGUGGGUUUAAAACAUCUUUUUACAGCAAAGGACGUCGUAGACAACUGGUAUCAGGAAGCAACUCGUUUCAAAUACGGAACAGAACCAACAAGCAUUCAGGGAAUCGGUAAGUCGACUGAGUGAAUGUUGCAGUUUUUCACUAGCAUGGACUACGCUUUUUGCUUUGGCUUUGUUGUAGAAAGGUGUACUUUGAAGGUGAAGUAGUUUUAAGAGCUGCAAAAAUUUCCAUGGAAGGUUCCAGUUGGCGAGAAUACACAUGCUUUCGGCAAAUUGUCGUCGGGCUAGUGCAUUUAUAUGGAAUGAAAUAAAAACAAAACAUGCGAGAUAAAAGAAGUCAAUUACAGUCCGUCUUGCCAUAUGCUUGUGUUGUAGGAACAUGGGGAGGAAGAAAAAAGAGACGAUGAGUUAGAGAGCAGCGAAAGUUAGAGUGACGAGGGAGAGGACGCGAGGGGCACAUGCAGUUAACCGCCCUUUGGUUACGGUAGGCGUAAAAUUUGUGCGUUUUAAAACGUAGUAGAAACAAUUCGCAAAGUUGGCUAAUUGCACUUAGUCUUCGCGGCUUUUAACUUUGUAAGGACUGAUUUGAAAAUGCAGUCGCAUUUCGAAAUUAUUUUUGGCCUAAUCGAAUCAGUAAUGGCGAGAGGUCAUAGAGAUAUUGUAAAUAAUAUGACAAGGAGCAGGAAAUUAAGCAUCAAACUAAACGAAAGUGCAUUAUAGCAGUGCAUAGCUGAGUUUGACAGGAAACCAUAUAACCACACAUUUCCGCUGAAAACUUUGUCUACUGUUUUGCACAGCUGGCAUGCGUUGCUUCGUUAAAUAGGGGAAUGAGCACCCAGUGAGAGAACAGAAGUCGAAAAUUCGAUCCAACUAGGAUCAUAUGAUUUUGAGCCGAGUUACACCUCUCCUACCCACUGUCUGAUACAACAAGGGUAUUGAUCGCUACCAACAUAAUGUCUCAAAACGUUAAUUGGCAGUGCCAGUUUUGCAAAAUGCGUCCAGUUAGGGGACAGCUAAACACCUGCUUUUAAAAUUUUCCUUUGAGAAGUCGCUGUCUCACUUUAACUGCGUGGCGAAAUUAGAAUAUACUCUUUGUAUCUACUGGGAGAAUGAGCUACACAUUUAAAUUUUAAUGCAAGUUGCUGAGAGCCAACAUUCAGCACUUCACUGAUCGUAUACUUUGCACGGUAACCAAAAUACUGUUAAGGGGUUAAAUGUGUUUAAAUAUACAACGAACCUAAACAAGGUGUUUUUUUAUCAGUGUAUGUUUAAGCUAACUGCUUAAACAGAUGCCUUUUUAGAAAGGAUUUCUGCUGUGUAUUGAAUAUAUUAAAACAUUGGGCAAUCCCUUAGUAAAUGUGAGCAGUGGGUUUCAAACGAAGUAGAACAGAGUCAGCUCUUCUGAUAAUCUGGUCAGAAUAAACCAGACAAUCUUAAAAUAACCACAUUAACCACGAUUUCUGCAGGCAACUUUACUCAGUUGAUCUGGGCCUCUUCGAGAGAGAUCGGUGUGGGACGGACUAUUCGUGUCUCCGGUCCGGAUAUUGCCGUGGGCGGUGUGUCUGUCGAAGGCUCUGAGAACGCUGCCUUCUCGGCCAAAACGGUCGUUGUCUGUUUUUAUUUCCCACCAGGCAAUAUAACAACAAAGUUCUGCGAGAAUGUUCAAUCCCCGAUGCAUGAAUCGACUAACUGUGGAUCGGUUUCGGAAACAGAAAGAAUCUAA